AAGGGCAAUGAUAGUUGUUUGCUGAAGCGGGGAGGUUAAGGAAAAUAACCUCUGAUAUCUGCGUCUCUGUUCUCUGCACAGUUUCCUGCUCUGCCUUCCUCUGUUUCUCUGUUCCAUCUUUGAAUUGAAAACGAUAUCAGCGGUGGCAUUGAGCAACCCAACUUAUCUUUUACUCUUCCUUUUUUUAUUGAAUUUAUAUCAUCCUUCUAAGUUGCUCAGGUAUUCACCUUGUGAGUUUCAGAUAUGCUCUGAAGCUAUGUGGUUGCAGAGCACCCUUUCUGUUUCUAAUACGUAAUUUGGUGUCUUCUAUUUUGGGUCUCUUCAUAAUAUGGUUUUCUCUUGUUGCUUUGGCUUUUCCCUCGGGCUUCUUUGAUUCCUAUACUGCAGGAAGCUUUCCUUUCUUUUUCUUUAUUUUUCCCCUAAUUGAUUUUCUAGGAAAAAAAAAAAAAACUUUUCAAGGUAGAUAUUCCAAUCUUUCUUUUCCUAUCCAGUCCAAUUUUCUGUUUGAUGGGUAGCUCUUAAUUUAUCAUCUUUUCUGAGAAAAAUCCAUUUUUUAUUCCUUAAGUUGAAUAUAAUUUAUCCUUCCUCAUGAGAUUUCUCACUUUCAUGGUGGGUUUAUAAUAUCUUUUAUUAGUGUGUUUCCGGGUCUAAAAAAAAAAUGAAGGAAAAGGUGGAUUCUCCUAUUACUGUCCUUGAGGACUAUUUCAGGAGCUCAGAUUCAGAAACAAGUUCAUCAAAAGAGCCUACAGUGGAUUCUGAGUCUCAAGACAUUUCAAAACCUGCUUCUAUAUGGCAUGCGUUUCUUCAAUUGUUGAGGACCAAACCAAAGAACCCUGUACCCACAUUGCAUCCUCUCAGUUCCUUCAAUCUCUCGAGAAGAAUGAGCAGAAGCAUGAGAGAAACUAUACUCCCAAGUUGUCUCUCAGAUGCAACUUCAUCCCCCUGCUGGUCACCGUGGAAGAUCUUUACUCAUCAUGAUAUACAAGUUGCAACCAAUUAUUUUAACCAAGAAAAUUUGAUCGGAAAGGGUGGUUAUGCUGAAGUUUACAAAGGGUGUUUGCCAAAUCGUCAGCUAGUAGCAAUUAAACGGUUAACAAGAGGAACAGCUGAUGAAAUCAUAGGGGACUUCUUAUCAGAACUUGGUGUAAUGGCGCAUGUAAACCAUCCCAAUACUGCUAAGUUGGUUGGUUAUGGUGUGGACGGUGGAAUGCAUCUUGUUCUUGAAUUGUCUGAAAAAGGAAGCCUAGCUUCUGUGCUUUAUGGUUCCAAGGAGAAACUACCUUGGUGUAUUAGGCAAAAAAUUGCAUUAGGAACAGCAAAGGGUAUAUUAUAUCUUCAUGAGGGUUGUCAAAGAAGAAUUAUCCAUAGAGAUAUAAAAGCUGCAAAUAUCUUGCUCACGGAGAAUUUCGAGCCUCAGAUAUGUGAUUUCGGGCUAGCAAAAUGGCUGCCAGAGAAUUGGACUCACCACACCGUUUCAAAAUUCGAAGGAACUUUUGGUUACCUUGCUCCUGAAUACUUGCUUCAUGGCAUAGUAGACGAGAAAACGGACGUAUUUGCCUUUGGUGUACUACUAUUAGAAUUAGUCAGUGGGCGGCGAGCACUUGACUAUUCACAACAAAGCCUUGUUUUGUGGGCAAAACCAUUGCUGAAAAAGAAUGAUAUUAUGGAGCUGAUUGAUCCUUCACUAGCAGAUGACUAUGACUCUAGGCAGAUUAAUCUUAUGCUUUUGGCAGCUUCUUUAUGCAUACAACAAUCCUCAAUUCGUCGCCCCUCCAUGAGACAGGUUCUUCAGCUUCUGAAUGGCAACCUUACUUGCUUCAAGGGCAUGAAGAAAACUAGAAUGCCAUUCUUUCGAAAAGUCUUCCAGGAAGAACUCCUUCAUUCUGAUUAGUUGAAAGGAACGGGAAUCACAUGAUCAUCAGCUGCCACACUAUGGAGUUUGUGAUCUCUCUGAUUCCUUCUUUUCAUUGAGUUUCUGCGGAUAGAAAUUGCCUCAUCAAACAGAAAUUUUUGCAGUUUGUGAAGAAGCACGCUAUUUUCCUUUAACGUGUACAUAAUAGAUUUUUCUUUUUAUUAGUAAUGGAGAGUCAAAUACUUGGUUAUUUAUAUGAAAGGAAUAUUGUAUUACAUGUGAGAGUUAACUCAUAUGGUACCUCUUUUCGUCUAUAAGGUUUUAGGGUCUCCCUAAUUUUAUGAUGUAAAAAACAAAUACUUAUGUUUCGCCCUUCCUCUCCUUUUACAUAAUACAUAUGCUUAUUUAU